UUUGGGCGGGGGAGGUUCGACCGAGCGACGGCCGCCCUACAUCGCGCAGUGCGCGCCCGCCCCGGUCCGACACUCGACGUCGGCUCGUCAACGAAACAACACAACCACUAUUAUUAUACGAUCUAUAUUUUAAUCGAAACGAGCACGACAUAAACUGCCAAAAUGUUUAAAAAUCAUUUAGAAAUGAUUGGCAGAAAUGAGACGCCAUCGAAGAAAGCCAGAUUUUGGCAAUCCUUUGUGCGAUCUCUAAAAGGAUCGGAAGAUAUCAGGGCAGACGAGAGGUACAGGCCCACCCGUCGCAGCGUGUUCCCGGAGCUGUCGUCCACAUACCCGUACACCAAGUCGAUCUUUGACGACCCUAUUCACGCAGCGGAGAGGAUCACAGUCCCAGGCUACCGUUACUUGCCAGUGCACCGCGAAGUAUACGGCUACUCCCCACGCCCCAUCUACGCCCACAACUACCCCUCGUCUCUGGAUCGGUACAGGCCAAUCUACCAUGUGCCAAGGCGCCUUCGACGAGGCGUCGAUCCAUUCGACGCGCAUAAGGCGUGGCAAGACCAUCUCGACAGGCUAGCUGCUAUUGACAGGCUGUAUCCAUCACGUUAUGGCUUGUACCUGAAAGACCGCGCGUACCCCAUCACCGACUUAAGCACACCCGCCGCUCCUCUCGCUCACCUCGCCCCUCUCUCUUCUUUCGAGCCUAGGAGCCUUAAAGGCAUCGAAUAUGAGCCCGACAACAAGCCUCACUGGGGAACAGCAGCGUGGCCGCAGAAGAUAUCGGACGCGAUGAAAAAGGAUCCCUUUUUCGCUGAAGCCGAAAAAUGGGCUGACUUUGAUCGGUCGCUCCGAGGGAUGUCCCCAACGCCUGUGAAGCCAAGAAUAAGUCCUCCGCGCGACUGCGAGGUCGCUUAUGAUGCCGACGGUCUGCCGCUGUACAACGCCGCUGGCCGUCCGUGGCGCAGACCGUGGGCUGACAUUUUCAACCCAAGCUCCUCUCUACCAAUUUCGGCGAUCACACGGGACCCCUUCUGGUACGACUGGCCUGAGCUGAAGCCCCUCGCUCGAUGGGACCGAAGCCCCUCCUACAUCCGUGAUUCGUACCUGUCGCCCGUGAAACGCACCUUCCUCUGGGACAAGCAUCCGCUCAGGCCCUUAGAUUUAAUGAUAGCGGACGCCUUCACCGUGGAUGAUCUAAGCAAGACAUUACCGUUCAUGCGUAGUCUAUAAAACGCAAUUUAUCAGCUGCAGCUUUCUAAGGGCGAGCAUCGAUUGCACGUAUUUUAAGUUAUUAUGUACAACUUUAUACUUAAUUUAUUACAAAAAUGUUACAUCUAAGACUAUGUUACUAAAAUUUCGGUAAAAUUUUAGUCAAAACGAUCGACGUUGGAGUUUAUUGUCAAGAUCUCAAAGACUGCAAAUAACAUAGUCACUGCCGAUAACGU